AUGUUUUUCUUCCACUGUAAUUUGUUCGGGCGGAAGAGUUUGCGAAGCUUGGAGCUUACCGGUAACGGGUACGAAGGCUCCGGUAGGGUGUGCACGGGAGAAUUGCGAUCGAUCGUCUCUAUUAAAGAAUAUUUCAAACAACAUUUUAAUAUUGAAGCAACUUAUCCGCAAGUGCUGAGGCUGUACAGGCGGAUACUAACGCUGCACCGACAGAAGUUAGACCGUCACAUGCGUAUUCUUGGAGAUCAGUAUGUACGAGACGAAUUUAAGCGACAUAAGACCGCAGCAGCCAAAUUUGUGCCACUCUUUCUCAGCGAGUGGGAGCAGUAUUCCGCCGUCUUGGCUCGCAAGGAGAAUCGUUUCGGCCAGGAACUUUCGGCUGAGGAAAAGCAGCUGUUUGACAACGAACAGAAACAAAAGUUGCGCUCGCUUCAGGAUGCUGCUAAGAAGGUCGGAGACACAAUUGCUUGA